AUGGCUGUCGUAGAUGCGGACGCUAGCGACGUUCCGCGAACAAGACUGGGCAAACCAAUCGCCGGUGUGCCGGUAUACGAUGAGCCAUACUUGCCAGAUUCUUCUCCCACCAUCACCCGCUUAGCUCAUUUGUGCAGCAGCGACGGCCAUAUGGGUCGCUUGAUGUCACCGUGGCACCGAGAAGACUGGCCAAAAAUGACUUCUAGAACCUAUACCGAGCGACUUGGAUCUUCAUCUAUUCACGGCGUUGGCCGUCUUUCUCAAAGCGGAGGAUGCGGCCAUUCAGAUAGCUCACAAAUGUGCAAGGCGAAUUUUUCGAGUGAAUUCGUAUUGACCAAGGUUGAAUUGUUGGGAGCCAAAGUUGACGAUUCCCCAUUUGGACAUCACGUCCACCAGUCGUAG